AUGGAAUGUGAUGGUGAUAGUGAGUUUGAGAAGGCUUUUAGCGAAGUGGUGGGUGAAACUGUUGUAACUUUAAAUGAGGAGGUACCUCAAACUUUGGAUGAGUGGAGACAUAUACAAAAUAGUUUUGACAUCAAAUGCAAUUUUCCGUCCUUUUGUGGUGCAUUGGAUGGUAAGCAAAUAGCCAUCAAACGUCCACCUGGAAGUUGCACAGAAUUUUACAACUACAAAGGGGGUUACAGCAUAAUACUGUUGGCUUUGGUUGGUGCCAAUUGUAAAUUCAUUUAUGUAGGUGUGGGAACAAAUAGAAGGGCUAAUGAUGGAAGUGUGUUUAGGCUGUCUACUUUGAAAACAGCCACUGACAAAAACAGCCUGAAUUUGCCUCAGGAAUACAUUAUUGUAGCAGAUGACACAUUUCCCCUGUAUACAGAUGUGAUGAAACCAUUCUCAAGAAGGAACUUGUUCUUAGAACAAUGCAUAUUCAACUACCGGUUAUCAAGAGCACGAAGAGUUGUUGAGAACACUUUUGGCAUAUUAGCAGCUAGAUUUAGAAUAUUUUGA